AUGAUUUUUUCUAUUAUAAAGAAAAUUGAAAAAUUAAUAUAUGGACAUAUUGAUUAUGAAGGUCAAACAAAGUCAGAAAUAUUUGCAAAUAUAAUUGUUAUAUUUUUUUCAAUUGCGGCAUACGCUAUAGGUUUUCUUCAGCAAAACCUAAUAAUUACGCUUUUUAUAUUUAUAAUAGGGAUUAUAACGUCUAUUUUAGUGAUUGUUCCUCCAUGGCCUAUUUAUAAUAUGCACCCUAUUAAAUGGCAUCGAGGCAAAGUCUCGAAAGCAUAG